UCUUCUUAAUUCCCCUUUAUAGAAAAGAAAAACAAAACAAAAAUGUCAGGAGUGUGGGUGUUUAACAAUGGUGUAUACCGGUUGGAAAGCAGUCCGAAGAGAAGGGUGUUGGUACACUUACCAUCAGGUGAGGCAGUAUCAUCCUACUCAUCUCUUGAGAAUAUAUUGAGAGGAUUGGGGUGGGAGAGGUACUACGGGGGUGACCCUGACUUCUAUCAAUACCACAAGCACUCUUCCAUUGACCUCAUUUCACUUCCUAAGGACUUUUCCAAGUUCGGCUCCGUUCACAUGUAUGACAUUGUCGUUAAGAAUCCCAAUGUCUUCCACGUAAGGGAUAUGUAAGCUACGUACCUUAGUAUAUGCACUGCAGCCUUCAGCUCGGUCUCUGUUUUCUCCCCCGUUUCUGAGGCUGCUUUUAUUUCAUAUGUUAGGCCAAUAUAUAUAUAUAUAUAUAUAUACCAUAGUGUGUGUGUGUGUGUGUUUAAAAUCGGUUCCACUAGGAUUUUAGCAGGUCUCUCCUCUUUACGACCUGCUAUAGCUAGUUGGUAUAAUAAAGUGGACUAGUUAGUGUCUGUGUUGUGUAUGUAUUUAUG